CGACGGCAAAGCGUGUACUCUUUUGUGAAACAGACGUUUUUCUAACGAAUAUCCUGUAUCUUUCCAUUUAUAACUUUAUACAUUUUGCUAAAAGAUGAGUUUACCGCUCAAUCCCAAACCUUUCCUCAACGGCCUGACGGGAAAACCAGUGAUGGUGAAGCUGAAGUGGGGCAUGGAGUAUAAAGGAUAUCUGGUAUCUGUGGAUGGAUACAUGAACAUGCAGCUUGCAAACACAGAAGAAUAUGUGGAUGGAGCAUUGGCGGGACAUCUGGGAGAAGUGCUAAUUAGGUGUAAUAAUGUCCUAUACAUCAGAGGUGUGGAGGAAGAGGAGGAAGAUGGAGAGAUGAGAGAGUGAUGUCUGAAGAUUUGGCCUAGUUUCUCCUUGCUUCUGUCAGAGUUUGUGUGUGAGCUUGUGUUUUCACCAUGUGAAACAAAUGAUCGCCUGGACUUUAGAGUUUCCUUUUUACAUUUUUGUAUUUUACAUAUGUGAGGCCAAUUUUAUGUUCUACCUUUGUAAAGACCAAACAAUAAAUCAAUAUCGGAACCUUUUCUUAAAA